AUAUGGCUGCUAUGAACAGCUGUGAUUCUUGAACUUUUUUUUGUGUUACUAAUAUAAAUAUUUAUUAAUAAAUAAUUAGAGGCUUAUAAUAUUUAUACAGAGAAAAAAAUUUGUUUUAGAUUAGUAUUUUUCUUUAUAUAAAAAUAAAAUAUCUGCAGUUGAUAAAACAGUAAGUGAGGUUAGGUGAAGAUUGAAGAAAAGGAAAAAAAUUAUUAUUACUGUUUUUAAUCAGCUUGGAUAAUCUUCAAGAAAAGUCUAGAUAAAGUGAGAAAGUUUGACAAAUUAAACAAAAUAAUCAACAAUAAUGUCGAAAAUAUUUGAUCCAACAAAUCAAAAAAGACAUACAAAUAUUGCUGUUGUUAGAAUAAAAAAAAAUAAAAUACAAUUUGAAAUUGCAUGCUACAAAAAUAAAAUUGUAUCAUGGAGAAAGGGAUUAGAAAAAAAUAUUGAUGAAGUACUGCAAAUACAUGAUGUAUUUAUGAGUGUAUCAAAAGGAAGGUCUGCAAGUAAGGAUGAUUUAUUAAAAGCAUUUGGUACAUGUAAUGUAACAGAUAUAUGUAAAGAAAUACUUGAUAAAGGUGAAUUUCAAGUAUCAGAAAAAGAACGUCAUGCAGCACUUGAGUUAAUGUUUAAAGAUAUUGCAACAACAAUUGCUGAAAAAUGUGUUAAUCCAGUUACAAAAAGGCCAUAUCCAGUAACAAUGAUUGAAAAAGCUAUGAAAGAUAUACAUUAUUCAGUUAAACAAAAUAGAAAUGCUAAGCAACAAGCAUUAGAUAUAAUACCACAAUUAAAAAAUAUUAUGGAACUUGAAAGAGCACAAAUGCGUUUACGUGUUAUAAUACAUGGUAAAGAUGCACGUAAAUUACGUGAUAAUAUUGUUAAAUUAUCUAAAAAACUUGAAAAUGAAAAUUGGGAUUCUGGUACUGUUAAUUUAAUUUGUUUAAUUGAUCCUGGUCAAUAUCGUGUUAUUGAUGAUUUAGUUAGAACUGAAACAAAAGGACAAGGUGUACUUGAAUUAUUAAAUCUUAAAGAAAUAACUGAGGGUGAUGAAUUACUUGAAUAAUUUAUUAAUUAAUAAAAUUUUUAAAUAAUUUAAUACUCAAUAAUCAUCCACAGCUGGUUCUGAAUUUUUUUCUUUAAUUUCCCUUUUUUUUGUUAAUAAUAAGAAAAAUAAUAAUAAUAAUAUAAAACAUAUACAUUUUUUUUUUUUUUUUUUUCAAUUUAUAACAAAUAAAUAAAUAAUAAAUAAAUGGAAAAAAAUGAUUGAAAA